AUGGGGUCAUUGGGUGAGCGAAAAAGGAUUCAGCUGCCCCAUGUAGUGGUGUUUCCUUGCCCAGGCCAGGGCCAUAUGAAUCCAUUAAUGGAGUUUGCCAAGAGACGUGCCUAUAGAAACCUCCAUGUGACCUUCAUCGCCACAGAGAGAGUUAGAGAGCGAAUGAUACAAGCUCAGGAAGGGGCUGCUAUUCAUGUGACCAGUGCAUUGCAGAAUAUCAGAAUUGAAACAAUCUCAGAUGGGCUUUCUCCUGAUUGUGAGGAGACGAAUGAUGUAGACAUGAGAAUGGAUUUGAUGAAAAAGGUGGGAGGUCUUACAUUCCAACGAGUGAUAGAGAGGCUCAAUUCUCAAGGUCAUACAAAUAAAGUCUCUUGCAUUGUCUACGAUUCUCUGCUCAACUGGGUUCCUCAUAUUGCAAACAAGUUUAACAUUACUUCAGCGUUUUUCUGGACGCAAUCCUGUGCAGUUUAUGCCAUCUAUUAUCAUUUUUACACAGGAAUGGUGAAAGCAAAAGAUGAAACAGAGAAUGUGAGAGAUGUGAUAGAAAUACCAGGGCUUCCACAACUAUGCCAAUCAGACACGCCAUCCUUUCUACAGUCUUCAAAUCCAUGUGAAUCGUUGUUGAGGCUGGUAAUGGACCAAUUCAGUACCAUUUUUCAGGCUACAUGGAUAUUAGGAAACUCCUUCAAUGAACUGGAAAUGACAGAGAUACAAUCCAUCAAUUCACUUAUUCCAAUCGUAACUGUAGGUCCUCUUGUUCCCUCGGCUUUCUUAGAUGGAAACAAUCCACAAGACCAAGAUGUUGGCAUACAUCUCUGGAAAACAGAAAAUUGUAUAGACUGGCUUAAUACAAAGGAAGCCUCAACUGUUGCAUAUGUUUCAUUCGGCAGUGUAGCUGUCCUGUCCAAAGAGCAGAUCAUAGAAAUAGCCCUUGGGUUGAAGGCUAGUAGGUAUUCCUUUUUGUGGGUGAUUCGUCCUGAUCAGAACAAAGAAGGAAAAAACAAUGUACAUGAUUUUCUAAAUGGUUUCCUUGAGGAUACUAUUGAUCAAGGGCUAGUUGUGUCAUGGUGUUCACAGGCAGCAGUUCUUAAUCAUCCUUCUGUGGGUAUGUUUGUUACACAUUGUGGAUGGAAUUCUACAUUAGAGAGCCUUAGCUCAGGGUUACCUGUCGUAACUAUUUCUCAAUGGAGCGAUCAAACAACCAAUUCUAAGUAUAUUGAAGAGGUGUGGAAAACCGGUAUAAGAUUGAAUAAAACAGCAUAUGGGCUAGUUGGAAAAGAUGAGAUUGAGAAAUCUGUUAAGACAGUUAUGGAAAGUGAAGAUGGUGUGGAAUUGAGGAAGAAUGCUUUGAAAUGGAAGACAUUAGCAAAGGAAGCAAUGAUGAAAGGUGGGUCUUCUGAUAAGAAUAUUGAGUGGUUUAUUCGUGAGGUCAUUGGUAGAACAGCAGCGGCUUGA